AUGUCGUCAGAGAAGAAAGUAGAUGCAGAUGCAUCUGAGUUGCUUGCAAGUCUUACAGUUUCCGCAUCAUCGCCAAAAGACGCAGUAAAGAGCCAGGAAGCACUCGAGUCUCUUAGUGAUCUUUCCAUUAAGGAUGAUCGAUCGACCAACUCCAAAUUAGAUGCAAAGGAAAACGAAUUGGGCGGCAAGCAAUCUAAGGACGGUAGGAGCAGCGAGAAUGUGCAAAAGGCUGGUGAAGAGGGGCCCAAGAAGCCCAAUGGAGAGGUCCAGGAUAAUGUCACUAAGGAACUAAAAGAAGAAGAAGAAAAAGAAGAAGGUCAAGGAAAGAAAAGCUCUGAAACCAAUUUAAUCAGCAGCAAUUACGAAGUUGAAGUUAAAUUAGCAGAUAUACAAGCAGAUCCAAACUCACCGCUAUACUCUGUCAAGUCAUUUGAAGAAUUGGGAUUAAAGCCUGAGUUAUUGAAGGGACUCUAUGCAAUGAAAUUUAAUAAACCAUCAAAAAUUCAAGAAAAAGCAUUGCCAUUGUUGAUUUCUAACCCACCCCGAAAUAUGAUUGGUCAAUCGCAAUCUGGUACUGGUAAGACUGCGGCAUUUUCUUUAACCAUGUUGUCCAGAGUCGAUGAAAAUGUACGAGCACCACAGUGUAUAUGUUUAGCACCUACAAGAGAGCUAGCAAGACAAACCAUGGAAGUUGUUGAGACUAUGGGAAAAUUUUCCAAAAUCACCUAUCAACUAGUUGUGCCGGAUUCCGUGCCAAGAGGCACUGAUGUACAUGCUCAGGUUCUUGUAGGAACGCCGGGAAUCAUGAUGGAUCUUAUUCGCAGAGGAAACAUCAACACAUCGAAUGUCCGUGUGUUUGUCUUGGACGAAGCUGAUAAUAUGUUGGAGUCACAAGGAUUGGGCGAUACAUGUGUCAGAGUGAAACAAAGAUUGCCAAAAAGCUGUCAAUUGGUUUUGUUCAGUGCUACUUUCCCCUCAGAUGUCAGAAAGUAUGCAGAACGGUUCGUUCCCAAUGCCAACUCCUUGGCUCUUAAGCAAGAGGAGUUGAACGUGGCUGGAAUCAAGCAAUUGUACAUGGACUGUAAUUCGGAACAGCACAAAUUCGAGGUGUUGUGUGAAUUGUAUGGAUUAUUGACAAUUGGGUCAUCGAUUAUAUUUGUUGAGCAGAAACAAACAGGAGACAAUUUAUAUAUGAGAAUGAAGCAAGAGGGUCAUGCGGUUUCCGUGUUGCAUGGUGGUUUGGAGGUUGCUGAUAGGGAUAGAUUGAUUGAUGAUUUUAGAGAAGGAAGAUCAAAAGUGUUGAUUACUACAAACGUUUUAGCAAGAGGUAUUGAUAUUGCCACAGUCUCUAUGGUGGUUAACUACGACUUACCUAGAACCAAAGAAGGACUCCCCGAUCCUUCCACUUACUUACAUAGAAUUGGUAGAACUGGUAGGUUUGGUAGAGUUGGUGUGUCAAUAUCGUUUGUUGCUAGUAAGAGAGAUCUCCAAACUAUGGAGUAUAUUCAGUCUUACUUUGGGGGUAUUCAGUUGACUCGCGUUCCCACUGAGGAUUGGGACGAAGUUGAAAGAAUUGUAACCAGUGUCAUUAAAGAUAAGAAAGUUACAUAG